UGCGUUAGCUCCACGUGAAUUUUCACUACUUAAGCUCCUCAGAUCGAUCCUCUUGAUUCAUUCCGCUACACAGGAAGCAAGGAAAACCCACUGUUCUCUCUACUGAAGCUACAAGGACAUCAUCAUCAUACAAUGUCAAAACCCUCGUCCCACGCUGAAGAUUUAUAUCUCUCAUCCUCCACGGAGGAAGAUUCGUCGGCACCGCCGCCGCCACCGCCGAAGGUUGACGUGAUCGACAAAAAGAAAAAAUCCAAGCCGCCGACAUCGACGAGCUCGAGCAAGAGGUCAAAACGUUCGUCCCAUACCGAUUCGUAUCUCUCAUCCUCCACUGAGGAAGAUUUGCCAGCACCGCCACCGCUACCACCGAAGGCUGACGCGGUCGAAAAAAGAAAAAUCCAAGCCAUCGACAUCGUCAGCAAGCUCGAGCAAGAGGGUCAGAAUAGCUCCUGUGAAGCCGCGGCACGGCACUGCAGCGGAACUAUUCGGUGCCGAUAG